GUGAGAUUAAAAAAAAAAUUCCUCCUCUGUAGUAAUAGAUGAUAAUGGAUCCACCAUUUCGACCGCAUUACUUUUCAAUUCUUGAGCUAGAAAGCGAUAGGAAAUUUGUCUUUAUAGAUCACCCUGACCAUGGUCAACACCGUUUCCCUCUUCCAACAAAAGAGGAAAUUUCCAAAGACUAUUCUUAUUAUAGCGAACCCUCAAAAAAGAAAUGGAUUAAUAGUUUUAUGAUUUUUCGCACUUAUUUGCAAAAAUCAAAACAAAAACAAGAUUAUUUAGUCUUGGGCGAAGUCUCCAAAAUUGCUAGUGAUGCAUGGUCUUUUGCAGCUCCAGAAGUUGUAGAUGCAUGUGGCGAACUAGAAACAAAAUUAAAAGAAAGUUUUAGAUAUAAGAGAUUUGUUCCUUAUUCAAGCCACAAUCCUAAAAAACCGAAAAAAAACAAAUCUCCUUCUAAGAAAGAAUCAAGUUCACCUUAUGCAUCGGCAUCAUCAAGAGGCCAAGCUUAUUACCCUUCUCCUCCAAUGAUUACUACUCCUCCUCCAAUGAUUGCUACUCCAAUAUUUUCCGAUCUUAUCUUAGCACCUAGUGUAUACCCAUCUAUGUAUACACCUCUUGCAACACCAUUGUACAUUCCAUUUGAUGCUUCACAAAUGAAUAUGCCUUCAUUGACACUCCCACAAUCAUUAUCUUUGGAAGAAAUGACUUCAAUGUUUUCAGAUAGUUUGGAACAAAAUCCAUUAUCUUCUUUAACUCCUUCACAAAUUUUCAGUGGUUUCGAUCCAAAUUUUCUUGGAAAUGGAUUCAGUUCACAUUCAUUACAAUUUCCCGAAGAAAGAUUAACAGUUAUUAAUAUACCAUCAAAUGAAGCAGCUACUGAAUCUGAAGUUGCUUUGACGGAAGCGCAGUCAACAUGGAAUUUUGAAUCUUCGAUUUUACCUGAAGAGCACCAAACUUGAGAUCUCUAAUGUUAUAAAGUAAAAAGUUUCCUUUUCGAGUUUUCGAAACUCUUUAAUUUAUAUCUCGUUUUUUUUUAUUUCUUGCUUCUUUAGUAAUCUUUAUUUCUUUGCGUAAAUAUAUGACCACAUAAGUUUGCCAAAAUUUUGUUCCUCUUUUCUAAUAUUUGCUUAAUAUGGGACUGGUUUCCCUUGCUGUUGUGCAAGAAUGAAUGUUUUUAUGACAAAUCUAUAAAUUGG